UUUGUGAAUGUCACAAAAAAGGACAAGUUUGACUAAAUGCCAAUACAAUGGCAGGAAACUAAUACAAGAUGUGUUUUAUUUGAUCAAGAAAGACUUUGUUUAAAGAAUAACGGACUUUGAUUGUUUGUUUGUUUGUUGCUGCAGCGUUCACAGUCGUGGCAAGAUGUCAGCAAAAGCCAAACGUUUUCAUGUCACCGAAGCUCGAACAGAUCUUCACUGGGGAUUUGUUUUACUUGACUUGUAAAACAAGUGGAAACACAGUGAAAUGGUACAAAGAUGAUGUGGAACAACAUAUGUGGACAAACCCCCAAACAUUCGGGCUCUUAUCAGUAUGAGAGCAACGGACAAAAGAGCGACCCUGUCCCCAUCAAAGUCCUGGAAUACGUCCCCACUGCCUCCCUCAGCAUCAGCACAGGCCAGCCAGUGAUGCAAACAGAAGACUCAGUUGUCCUGAAGAUCGACAAUGAGGACGUUCUGCAGGGAUGGAACUGUUGGGUCAACAGAGGAGAGAAGACAAAUAAGAUUAAAUUGAAGCUGGAAAACGACACUGUGAGUCUGACCUUUCACACCAGCAGGCUGAGAGUCCCUGAGACCAUUUACUGGUGCACGAACAACACAGGAUGCAGAACUAACCAAAUCACUAUCAGGACCUCAGAUAAGGCGGUAUCGCUGGAAAUGUACCCUCAGUCUGUUGUGGCUGGACAGAGUCUGACUCUGAGGUGUCUCGUGUGGGGCACAGAUCGGAUCAGUCGCACUGUUUUCUACAGAGACGACAGAGUCAUUGAGGAAGGUGACAGAUCUACCUACGAAAUUGCUGCCGUGUCAGACUCUGCAGAGGGAAGAUAUAAGUGUCAUGCCACGUUCACAUCCGUGGCCCGGACUAGUGGGCCUCCAUACAGUGUGGUUUCUGAUAAUCAGGAUGUGUUUAUCCAAGGUAUCUUUUUUCUGUCAAAAAAUAUACUUGCGUUGCUACCAUUUUGCAUAAUUUUCUAUCACUUGCACACAUAAAAACAGCAAAAUGUUCUGAACAGAGAUUCCUCCUUUGCAUUCAAAUGUAAAUGUAUUUUACAAUAUAUAGUAUAUUAUAUUAUACAGUGUGUAUUGCUAAUUAUAAGACAUGUUGCUGCAUUCU